CGGACCGCUGUGAACGCUUAACGUAGCGUUGACGUUAUCUUAUUUAAUUUUGAUACUGAUCACUUAUUAAAUUCGCCCUGAGGUUGUGAUAAAAUAACUGACUAAUUACAACAUGCAGAGUCCCGUGUUGUGCGCGUUGAUUCUGGUGACCGCGGGGCUUCAACUAAUCACAGCGGACCACCCAAAACUCAUGAAUGCAGCGACGGAUGUACAACCCCAUGGCUGCUCCACGUUCAUGUUCGAGGGCAAGGGCGACUUCAGGGUGCAGCGGAAGAUCUACGCGACACAGAACCCGGAUCACUUCGUGUUCGCUUUACGACUGAUCAAGCGGACCUCCUUCUACAAGUGCGAGCCUCAGGAGACGCGCUACGGCAUCACGGAUGACGGGCACAGCUGGUGGGUGGACCGGGGCUGUGAGGCCAUCUUUGAGGUCACCGAGUGCCCCAACAACGGGCUUCUCCCUUCACCAGACCCGCUGUCGAAGCUGUACGAGGAGAUGCAGCGCCGCCUGGCGGCAUCCACCAGCAACGUGGACCUGAGCGCCUGGAACACUGACUCCUUCAUCAACAGGUUCGACGCUUGGAGGCCCAUUGUUGAGUCGAAGGGGCGCUAAACUCAUUGGUAGAAGAUCAAAGUCAGCACCGCUGUCGGGAAAAAGUGCUUUCGGUCACCAAUGAACGCUACUCAACUCCACGCACGGGGCACAUGUUGGCAUCAAUCUUAGUUUGGUAGACUGUUGUUAUAAUCCUUUUGGGA